AUGACAGUCUACUGGGACUUCCGCCGGAUCCUCAAAGUGGAUCCAGACAAGGACUUUACCUGUGUCGGAAUAACACAACCAGGUCUCAGAUGUGGGAAUCAAGUUGGAUUCAACUACCGCCGUCAAGGAAGUCGAGUCCUCAACGAGAUGGACCAGACGAAGAGCUAUUCUAGGGCUCUAGAAAAUCUUGAGGACUUAGCCGAUCUGAUGCUCUGCAGAUUACAGCAUAAUAGCGAGAAGAAACCUCAUCUCAAUCAAGUCAAUAAGGUGUAUAGUAAAUGGUACGCCGUAGCGAAACAAGAAUAUGUUGCGUUGAAGCGGGAGGCAGAGAGGGCUGCUGAAAGGAGGGCGGCGAGAGAAAUUUCUUUGAUGAGGGAAGCGGCUCAGCUGAUGAGAGAGGACCUUGAGAGAGGGAUAGAUGAUAUGACGGCUGUCGAAGUGACUGAUAGUGAAGGCCGAACGACGCCGGACGUAUCCGUUAGAGAACUGCCACUGGACGAUCCAUUUGUCGUCCCAUCUGCUGAAAGUACUGGGAUGAGAAAUUCAUCAAAUUCAUCAGGAGUCGGCGAGACAACGAACAUUGAGUGGCCCGUGGUUCCAACACAUGCACUAUCAAAGAAGAUACCAGUAUUUUCAGACCAACAAGAAAGUACCUCUCAACAAAUACCUUGCGCCGCGGAGGCCCAGGUUGAUACAACUGGUACUGCAGCGUCAAGUAUCCGAAGGGAUCAAAAAAGUGGUACCACUUCUGGGUUCAGAAUCGCAAAGUCAGACGAAAACACUUCUCUCGAUUUGAGCUUCGUCCCGAAAGGCAGCACUGCGACAUCCAGCAGACUUGCUUCGGGACCAGGCCCCGGAAGACGAGUGGCUCUGAAAGACAAAAGCGCAGAAAUAAACAGAAAAAUGGCAAGCCAUACAAGUGUGCUGUCAGAUUCGGCACCGACAUUUUCUUUUGCAGCAACGAUACCCCAAUCGUCCUUUUCUUUCGAAGUUCCUAAACAGUCUCACCUCGAGACAGUCUCCAUUGCUGCGCCGGCGUCAGAGCCACCAAGACAAUUGGCCGAAUCCGCUGAAGAGGAAGCCCACCUGGAAUCUGUGACCAGCAUCCAGGAUAGCUCUGCUCUGUCUGACGAAUCCCUCGAGUCUCCUGCGAAUAGCCGUUCCGCCUCGUUCGGUUACGCCGUUGUGACUCCACCGUCAACCAGAUACAAGACCUACCUACCAGCACGACAGCAGCAUGGUCUCAUGACACCGCCAGAGACACCGGAAACAAUUUUAACGGCACAUAAGAGCUCAUCGCCGUUGCCACCUCCCAAGAUUGGUGAUUACUUCUCCAGUGAUGCGAAUCAAAACUCCCCACCGAAGAUCUCCAGGAAACCAUUGCCUACCACUUCGAGGGUUGACAUUGCGGAAGGAGACAUUGAAGACCGCGAGCCAGGAAAUGUGGCUGUAGGCGAUGCUGAGAGUAAUUACGAGAGGUCUGGUUGCUUGUCUAGAUUUAGGUUUGGUCGGUUGAGGAGGAAAGUAGUGGGAAAUCUGAGAAGUAUGAAAGAGAAUUUGGCGAAAUCGGCUGGGUGA